CAUUCCACCGCCGCCGCCGGCGGCGCCGCACCGCCGCCUGCGCCAUGCUCCGCCUCCGGAGAUGCGUCCUCUCCCACCUCCUAUCCCCUCCCACCACCUCCCCACUCCCCUCUCUCCACCGCCUCCUAUCCGCCGCCCCCGACUCCGGCUUCGAACUGGAGCACUACCUCGUCUCCACCUGCGGGCUGACCCGAGCGCAGGCGCUCAAGGCCUCCGCCAAGCUCUCCCACCUCAAGUCCCCCGACAAGCCCGACGCCGUGCUCGCCUUCCUCGCCGGCCUCGGCCUCUCCGCCGCCGACGUCGCCGCGGUCGUCGCCAAAGACCCGCUCUUCCUCUGCGCCGGCGUGGAGGGAAACCUGGGCCCCGCCGUCGCCGGGCUCACCGGCCUCGGCCUGUCGCGUCCUGAGGUCGCGCGACUCCUCUCGCUCUCCCCUGACCGAUUCCGCCGCAAGAACGUCGUCCCCAAGGUGCGCUCCUACCUGCCUCUCUUUGGCUCCGCCGAGGACCUCCUCUCCGGGGUCAAGCGCGGCUUGUUCCUUCUCUCGGUCGACAUGGACCGGGUGGUCAAGCCCAACGUCGCGGUCCUGCGGGAGUGCGGGCUAGGUGCUCGCGAUAUUGCCAAGCUGCUCAUCCAAAUGCCGAGGAUCGUCACCGCCAGUCCGGAGGGCGCCCUCGCGAUGGUCGCGUGCGCCGAACGCAUUGGUGUGCCCCGUGGCUCUGGGAUGUUUAGGCAAGCGCUGCAGGCUGUCGCGUGCUUCAGCGAGGAGAAGAUUGCCGCCAAAGUGGAACAGUUGAAGAAGACAUUGCGGUGGUCGGAUGCCGAUGUCCGCAUUGCUCUGUGCAAGUGGCCCACUGUGCUGAGGUGGUCAAAGGGCAUGCUGCAGCACAAGUCCGAGUUCCUCUUCUCUAAGGUGGGCUUGGAACCGGCGUACAUUGCUCACCGUCCGGCAAUACUCGGUCUUAGCUUGGAGCGCCGGCUCGAGCCCCAGUACUAUGUUAUGAGGUUUCUUAAGGAGAAUGGAUUGUUGAGUCAUGGCAGAGACUACAAUAGUAUGGUCUUGGUCAGCGAGAAGGUAUUUGUGGAGAGGUUCAUACGCCCCCACAAGCAAGCUGCACCACUCAUUGCUGAAGACUAUGCAGCCGCUUGCACAGGGGAGGUGCCUGCUAGAUUCAGAUUUACAUGAACCAAGAACAGGCUAUGAAAAUAACAACAGAAUUUCCACUCAUCGUAUUAAGCUGGUAAUUCAUGAUUAGGUGUUCUUUUCAUGACUGAAUUUUGGUUUUGUUGUGGCCAAUGCUUGACAUAAAUGAUAACUUGAUUUCUGAACCCCAAUAUGUUGAUUUCGUCAUUUGGUGGAGAAGAAAGCUUGACCUGUGAUAUAUUUUCAUGUCAAGUUUAUCUAGCAUGUUCA